AUGGCAGAUGAAUAUGGUGAAUCGGACGAUCAUUCCAGACCUGAAACAAAAAAAAUCAAGAAAGAUGCGUUGAUGGCCAAGAAAAAGGGUGUUCCUUUAUUAAAUAUGUUACUUCUGAAGACGCUGAUGAACUUGAUUAUUCCUUUCGCCUAUCCAGCAUUUGAACUUGGAAACCCAUGGAGUAAUGACAUUACUCCUAAUGCAUGGCUUCCAAAAAGUUCACAAAAUCUACUCUCACAUUCUAAUGUUGGCACGUUUGAGUUUGGAAAUCAAUUGCUUAGGGAUAUUUUGUCUUCAACUCCUGGUUUUCAAUCAGGACAAUACUUGCCAUCUUCUUUGCAACUACAAUCUUCGAAUGCAGCAUCUUUCUCCACAACAAAAAGUUUUCAUAUGCCAUACUCUGCUGGUAAUACUCUUUUCGGUCAAGCUCCACAAACGCAACAGCUUCUUGGUUUUAGUUGGUAG